GCGCGAAUCCAUCAUUUUGAACUCUUCGUUGUAUUGCCCACGCCAUCUUGCGUCAACUUUGUUUGGAACUAUUCAGUAACUGGACAUGGCAGGUGGUAAGAGACCAAGCAAUUAUGCCAGAAACAGUACUCGGAACCAUAGUUCAAAUAGUCAGUCAAAUUUUUUCUCGCUAUGGAGUGCACCGUUUGUAAACUUUGUUCCGCAGCAAAGUAGCCAGCCACCACACUCAGGAUCCUCACGAUAUUCUACGGAAGAUUUAUUUUCUCAAGAAAGCACUAGGUCCUCUUCGCUUGGGCAAGGAAACUCCACAAGCUAUUCUUCAGCUGAAGACAACGAAAGCAACGAGUCGCUAGGAAAGACUUUGGAGCAAUUCGUUGAACAAGUAGCUGAGCGCAGUUGCCAACAAGCAGCUUCGAAUUUCGAGUUGCAACUUCAACGGCUGCAAGAAAAGAUGCGAUACUUGGAGAAUACCGUUAGAACAGAAGAAGAAUAUAGAAAUAAAUUUUGGGAAACUCUGCAAGUGAUAGACGCAAGACUAGACCGCCUGGAACAAGAAGUGAGAGCAGUUGUUUCUUCGGAACAGAAUAUUUGUCAAGAUGACGUUAACUCGGAACAAGUGGAACAAGGACAACAAGGCAGAAGAAGGUCUGAAGUUGACGGCCUUUGCGACAUGGAAAGGAGUAAUAGCAAACUUUUGGUAGAACGUAUCGAGAAUUUAGAAGCACAACUGGGAAUAAGGCUUUGUUUUAACACAGACAGGGCCAAACCAACUCAUUCUAACGAGGUGUUAGAGCAACGGAAGGAUGGGAAACAGGAUUUUCAGUCUAGUGUAUCGAAGAUGGAUAAGACUGUGAAAAGAAUUGAUUCGAGAGUAGAGGAAGCCAUGAAGAAGAUGGAAGAAGCUUCUUUGAUGCAAUCUAGUGCUCAUGAAAGACUUGCGCAGAGAAUAAAACAAAUUGAUGAACUCCAAACUUCAGUUAACGCUGUCAAGAAGCUGUUGGAGCAUAAUUUGCGUGUACAAAACGAAGCAGAGUCUAUCGUGAAAGAACAAGCAAACAUCAUCAUAAAACAUGUUUGUGCAGCUAUGCAGCAAUAUACAAUGAAACGUAUAAAUGAAUACAAUGCGUUCUUGGACUCAGUUUUGAGGAAAUAUUUGCCGAAUUACCAAUGCAUUGAGUCAGAGAGUCCGGUGUCCAAUGAGAAAACUUCUUUCGAUGCUUGAAUAUAUUACUCGAAAUUUGUGUACAGGUUUGAUGUGAACGCUCUUUUCAUGACAUAUUAUUGUAAUUUUUCCUAUUCUCCUCAAUGGAGCUGUAAAUUUAAAAUAGAGCACAAAAUCAGUUGGUCAAACACAUCGGCAGUAUGAAAUGUGUCAAGUUGUUUGGACAAGAUAUCUAAAUUUUUUUAAACAUCCAACUUUUAAUUCUAGCUCGCGUGUCUGGGUUUUAGCCUUUUUUCUGUUAAAUGUAAUAAUUAUCGAAAUGUCCAGGCUCAAACUACUUUCAAAAAGAGUUUAGUUCAUGCCAAGUACUGUCUAGAAUUUGAAGUUUAAUAUUUCUACAAAAAAAAUAAAAUUUUGGCCAUAUAGCGCAGGGUAGUCGGGGUAACAGUUCAAAGCAAACGACAGUCUUUUCUCAAAUAAAAUACCAAUAAAUAACACGCAUACUUUCUCCCUUUAAAAAUUUUUAAACAGUUAAAAAGCCAAUAGAUAAACAGAGAAAAGUAACAGGCAUUCAAAAGAUGUACUUAAAAUUUACAUUGACAUUGGUCCACCAUGAAUUUAUCUAAAAUUUUUAACUUUUUUUCAGUAUGCUGUUUAACUUAAUUAAAACUCAUGGGUCUUUUUGUUAAUCUUGAUGUUUUUGAAAAAUAAAAUUAUAUGUUGGUGAAAGGAUAAAAUUUAAUCGUAUUUU